CGAUUUCAUUUUCUCAUAACCGAACACUUAUCAGCAUGGCAUAUUUAGUAUCUACAAUUGAAGCAUUUUUGAUAGAAGAGCCAUUAGACAGUCUUUGUGGUGCGUCCGCAGUUUACCUGGCAAUAGAAAACAACAAUUUACCCCCUUUCGAGUAUGUAAGAGGAGUUAUAGAUCGUGCGGUAAAUUCGUCUCUGUUGAAAAUAGAAGAUAUUGAACGAAAAACGAAAGCAUUGGAAGUGUUAUCCCAGGUUGCACCCUGCAUCGGAAGCGGAUGUGAGUCUUUACGGGACACUAGACAAACUCUCGAGAAUGUAGAUGUGUCGAAUCUUACAUGGCGUGAUCCGAAGCGAGUAUGGUUAUUAGCGACGACUCAUUCAUGUGGCGAGAUAUGGCAUAAUCCCGCAUUUAUGACUAGUACAUCUCGCAGUGAAGGUACUUAUGUGACUGACGUUAUAAUUCCUUUGCUUCGAUCGAGUUUGGGAGGCGAUAUUGUUUGUUUAAGUACGGCUGAGCGCCAGAGUCUAGCAAGCAAAGCUAGACGAAGUAUAAGACUAGACGAAGAGCGAAUGGGAAAGAAGCCUGAUAUUAUGGGGUUGUUGAAACGGGAUGAAAAGAUUUUAGA